GACGAUGAUGAUGAUAAUGAUAAUAAAAAUAAACUUACCCAGUAGCCAACGUUAGCCCCCCUCUCUUUCUUUCCUUUCUUUCUUUUCCGUUUCGCUCUUGUCAUCUACUAUUACUCUCUUUCUCUCUCUCUCCGGCAGCUUAUAUUGGCCGGAAAAGAAGCUACGCCGACGACAGUAAAGAAACCAGCUACUCACUCUCUCUCUUCUCGCUAACAUUUGGUCUAUCAUUUAGCUCGGCCAAGAUUGCAACAACUAAACAUUUUAAGUGUCGAUUUUCCGGCGAGUUUUACAAUUUCCGGCGAAUUUAUUCAGCAAGGCAAAUUCACUAUAAGCUCGAUACCAUCAAAUGUGCUUGUGCAAUUUGAAAUAAGAGUAAUUGUGCAUCUGUCAUUUUAUUUGAGGAGCUUCUUUGAUGAUUGGAAAAAUGGUGGAAGGGCCAAAAUGUACUGGUCUUAUAGGAGGAAAUAACGACAAUGGCAACAACUAUUAUGAUUUCACCCAAGGCUUCUACCAAAAACUUGGCGAGGGUACAAACAUGUCCAUUGACAGUUUACAAACAAGCAACUCAAUGUCUGUGGAUAAUAGUAGCGUUGGGUCCAAUGAUUCUCUUACCCACAUUUUAAGCCACCCGGGUUUAAAACCUGUCCGUCACAACUAUAGUGUCUCAGUGGGCCAGAGUGUGUUUCGUCCUGGGAAGGUCACCCACGCGCUAAAUGAUGAUACAUUACUUCAAGCAUUGAUGGAUAGUAGAUACCCAACUGAGGGACUGACAAAUUAUGAUGAAUGGACUAUUGAUUUGAGGAAACUGAAUAUGGGGACAGCCUUUGCCCAAGGUGCUUUUGGAAAGUUAUAUAGAGGAACAUAUAAUGGAGAGGAUGUCGCAAUAAAGAUACUGGAGAGGCCAGAGAAUAGCCCGGAGAAGGCCCAACUGAUGGAGCAGCAAUUUCAGCAGGAAGUCAUGAUGCUUGCAACACUAAAGCACCCUAACAUUGUGCGCUUUAUUGGCGCAUGUCGUAAGCCCAUGGUUUGGUGUAUUGUGACAGAAUAUGCAAAGGGAGGGUCAGUUCGGCAAUUUCUGAAUAAGAGGCAUAGUCGAGCGGUACCACUGAAAUUGGCAGUUAAGCAGGCAUUAGAUGUCGCAAGGGGAAUGGCAUACGUACAUGGGCUUGGGUUUAUACACCGGGAUUUGAAGUCAGACAACCUUCUGAUUUCUUCUGAUAAAUCAAUAAAAAUCGCAGAUUUUGGUGUGGCAAGGAUUGAGGUGCAGACAGAGGGCAUGACACCAGAGACAGGAACAUACCGUUGGAUGGCUCCAGAGAUGAUUCAGCAUAGGCCCUAUACACAAAAGGUGGAUGUGUAUAGCUUUGGAAUUGUGCUUUGGGAGCUUAUCACAGGUUUGCUUCCCUUCCAAAACAUGACAGCAGUGCAGGCUGCAUUUGCUGUGGUGAACAAGGGUGUAAGACCAGUUAUACCGAAUGAUUGUCUACCCAUACUGAGUGAUAUCAUGACUCGCUGCUGGGACAGCAAUCCUGAAGUGCGUCCUCCUUUCUCCGAGAUUGUCAGGAUGCUUGAGAAUGCUGAAACCGAGAUCAUGACUACUGUGCGCAAGGCACGCUUCAGAUGCUGCUUGGCCCAACCCAUGACAGUGGACUGAUCCUUCCUGAAUACAAGAAUGAAAAAAAAUAGAUGGUAAAGAUGAUAAAACAAGACCUGAAAAAUAUAAAAUGAAGCAGUAUGAACUUAUAUGUUUGUGUAUGUAUUAGUUCCAAUUUCCCUUUUUAACUGUUUUUUGGGUCCUUGCGUUUUAAGAUAGGGUGGAUUAACCAUUUAGACUGCUGGCUUUUGGUUUUUGGGCUCUCAAUUGUAAUGGAGCAACGAUGUUGAAGGCCAUUUUAUAGUUCCAAGCAGUUGUUGGAGCUUUUAUCUUUCUUACCCCUGGCUAAAUAUAUUUGACUUGCUGUCGCCGUUGUCGAUUUU